AUGUAAUAAAUAUUGAAUGAAGGAGGAAACAGAAAUCCAAAAUAAAAUUAAUUUGAAUGGAGAUCGAUCACUCCUGAAAGAGAAUUUGGUUAAAUGUUACAAGGUAAACCUUUGAUAACAGAACCAAAUGAAAAUAAAUAAACAGCUAAAUCUAUGAGUUAAGAAAAUAACAUCAAUAAUCACGAUUUCUAAUAAAAAUACACUAAUUUAAAUAAGUUAUUAAUACCUGAUAAUUAAUAAUAAAAAUUUUAGAGACCUUUAAAUUACAUGUAAACUUCUCUUAAAAAAAUGUCAGAAAUUGGUUAACAAAUCAAUUCAAUCUUACAAAAAUUUAAAUAAAAUAGAAUCCAUAGACCUUAAUCAGAUCUAAAUAUGUUUGAUAAGCAUUCUAUGAUGAAAAAAACUAGUUAAAACGACAUUAGUCUAUCAACUAAUUUGAAUUUAAAUCAUAGUUAUAUUGAUAAUCGUGGCACUGAAACUGAAAGAUCAUAUUUUUAAUACAAAAAUUAAAAAGAUAAUGGAAAAUAAUAGUAAAAUAAGGAUUCAAAGGAUUAUUAAUUCCUAUUUUAAAAUAGCAAUAAUUAGUUUUAAACAAAUUCUUUAAAAAAGAUAAUUGAAAAAAAAAUUGCUCUAGCUAUGCAAACUAAUAAUAAUAAUAACUUAUAUAAUGAUUACAAAAAGUAAAUUAAUAAAGAAUCUAAAUAAGAUAGAUCAUAUAAUAUUCAAAAAUAUAUAACAAAUAAAUUCUUAAGAAACUCAUCUUGUUUAUAACCAAAUGAAAAAAGCGACAGAAAGAAUAAACAAAUGUCAAGUUAUUUUUCAUAGAAUCAUUAUUCAAAAAGUUAAUCAUCAUUUUUAAUUGAGAGAGAAAAUAGCAAAUCUGAGAAUACGACAAGUCGUAAUAACAGAAUUCGAGUUUCUAGUUAUAUAAAGACUCCUACUAAAAAUAAUAGUGAUUUAAUUAAGCAAUUUAGUCCUAGAUUUAUUUCUUAGCAAUUAUCUUCAUAUUAAGUAAGUUCAAGCAAAAUAAAUUCAUUAUUAUCAUCAAUGAACAAAGAUAUUGAAAAAAUAAAAACCUCUAAUAAUAAUAAUAUCUAAAAUUUGAAUAUUUAUCAUAUAUAGGCAAUACCAUUAUUUUUAAGUAACGAUCCAAAUUAAACUCAUGUAAUUGUAGGAUGUUCUGAUUUAACAGUUCGUGCAAUUAAUUUAUACUCAGGUAGAAUUUAAGUAUUGGGGAAACAUUAAAAACCAAUCAAAUCAAUUACUAAAAUUGUGAUAUAAUAAAAUUAUAAGACUUUCUAUUCUUGUUCUUUAGAUAAUUAAAUAAUUCAGUGGGUAAGUGAAUCGAUGCAUGGUACUUAUCGAUUAAAACAUUCUUGGAGGAUGGAUGAAGUUCCUUUAUAACUAUACUAAACUGAGAAAGGUGUAUUAUAUAUUGUAACAGCCAAUUACAUUUUCUAUUUUUCAUCAGUUACAAAAAAAUAAAUAACAUAUCAUGGUGUUUUUAAUUGCAUGAUUUAAACAUCUAGUAAUAUUUUGAUUGCUAUUGAUAAUUUCAUUUACAAAUUAUAAGCUGACUCUUUGUAAUUAGUUUGCACUUCAAAGAAACCUAUAAAAAAUAUGAUAUAUGAGGAAGGUUUACUUUAUGUGCUAUAAAGAGAUGGUGCUUUAUUAAUAUAUGAAGAAGCAAAACACCUAAAAUUUAAUUCAGAGAUUGACAUUGGAGCUAUGAAUAUCUUUAGCAUGUAAAAUGGUUAUAUAAUUAUUUAAACAAAUGAUAGUGAAUUUAUUGUUUAUUCUUAACAAAUAAGUAAGUCAUAUCAAAUAGAUGGUAAAAUCAAAUGUUUGUUAGCCUUACAAUAAAUGUUAUUAAUUGGUAGUAAUAAGAAAUUGGUAGAAACCCUAAAAUUUUGA